ACAGGUGACGUAUUGUGAAAGAGGUGAGAUAUCUGGAAAUAUGCUUCGUUCUGCGUUCCGUGGAAAGCAAACCACUGAUUCAACUAAGAAUGAAAAUCGAGGAAAAACUUCUCAUGGAAGAUCGCACUCCUUCUUUCACCGCGAUGGAGGUCACGAAGAUGCUAAAAAUACGAAUGGUGAUCAUGAAAAUUUAAAUGCACUUGUCGCAGAAACAGUUGGUUGCAGUACGCAUGGUGAAGUACUAACCACAGAUUUCAGCCACGAGUUUCUCGAAUCCACCCACAGUAGCAGCUCCGAUAAGGAAAGCCUGGAUGAAGAAGAUGGCUCGGCGAAACCUACGUUACACGAGAUUCAUGGAGGGAAGGGGAAUUGCGAUCAAAAGGUUACUCCGAAUAGAGGGGAAUUUUCAAGCUCCGAAAGAGAGAUUUACGAAACCCAGCUGGCUCAACUUCAAGAACAGCUUGUUAACACCAUGAUUGAUUAUCAGGACAUGAGUGUGCAACUGGAGAAACUGAAAGCUGUGGAUGUUCAGAAACUUCAGAAGGAAAUCCAAGAAGAAAGAGCUAAAAAUAAUGAACUAAGGGAGAAACUUAAACAGAAACAGAAAUCAUCCAGUUCAAAACUACAUAGGAAAAAUGCAAAUAGAAUAGAUCCCAGAUCAAAAAGUGGUCAUCAGGGAACUGACCCAGAAAGAGACCAAGGUGAUGACUGGGUGUAUCUAGGAGGAGAGGAUGAGUCACAUACCCUAUCACAUGUCACAAAUGGCAGUCAAGGAACUCACCCAGAAGAAAAUCAGGAAUCAUGUGAAGUGCUUAACAGCAGCCAUGCAAGAGAUCAGUUAGAGGAACAAGCAGCUGUUGAAUCUGUUGAUGGAGAUGGUCAAAAAGUGCAACGAUUUAAGACAAAACUGGAAAUGUGGAAAGCAAAAGUCAUUGACAUUUUGGGAGACAGACUGUGGGAUUUCGUUAAUGAUGAACCUGAAGACACCAAUGAGGAGGAUGGUGAGGGUGAUCCCUUGGCCAUCAAAACACUCAAGGAAAACAUCAAUAGAUUCAGUACUGGAAUUAAACCUAUAACAGGUUUUAUCAAGUCUGUUGGGAAGGUGCUCACAUGGUCAAAUCCCACAGCAUCUUUUUUGAUAUUUGUGGUAUACAUGUAUUCUGUUUGGUACGGAUAUCUUCUUUCUUUAAUCCUUUUUACCAUGAUCUGGAAGCUAUUUAUGAAUUAUCUCCAUGCCAAAGGCAUUGCCAGAUAUUUGGGAUUCACAGAUGAAUUAAAAGAAGAGGCAGGUGCAUCAGAAGAUCACAGUUGGUCAGACAAAUUUCAGCUGGUUUUGCAAGUGGCAAGGAAAGUACAAAACACACUCGGAAAAAUGGCAAACUCUCUGGAAAAAAUAAAGAACUUAUUAACUUGGCAACAUCCUUUGGCAACAAGGAAGCUCUUUACAGUACUCAAUAUCGCAUUUGUGGCGUCUUUAGGGCUCAGGGGACCUACUUUGUUCACGUUGUUAGGGUUGUCUUUUGGAGUAAAGCUGUUUAUAGUGAAUCCCAUAUAUCAUCGAUUUCCAAAGGUUAAGAGGCGAUAUGAUGGUACUGCCAAGUUAUGGGAAGAACUACCAACUGAGGCAGACCUGGUUGCGUCGCGAUAUUCAGUGGAUGGAAAUCAGGAGAUCUUAGGGCGCUCUACGUCGGCGACUUCUUCGUCAUCGCCAAGUAGCAGUUCAUCGCACCACCAAAUAGGUCCUCAUUCAAAUCCAGUGGCCGAGAAAUUUAGAUUGCCAUCAAGUGAAAUCGUUUUGCCAGGUUGGGAAGAAGGUAAAAGAUGUGCUUUGCUUGAUAAAGACAAACCGUUCUCAAGUGUUAAACAUGGAAAAUUGUUUCUGACUCAAAGUUAUUUAUGCUUUGAGAAGACCAGAUCAUCAAGUGGAAAGCAUAUCGUUAUUAAGCUGGAUACUAUCAUCAGUUUAAGUAAAGCAAAGCCAAUAGCAAUUAUGCCUGGAACAGGAAUGGCCUUAGAAGUUAACGUUAGAGGUCUUGAUAAACCUUAUAUUUUCGGUGGAAUCAUUGGAAGAGAUGAUGUAUUUGAAAGUAUAAGAGCCACAGGAAGGACAGGAAAUUUUCCCUGGGUGCAAAUGGCGCCAUCAACACUUUGACAUGGAAUCGAGAAUAGAUAUGGCCCAGACUCUUGCAUACGGCAGGUUCUUCUUCAGUUUCAAAAAUUGGUGGGAAAAAAUCUAUCAAUGGAGAAAUACGAAUAUAUAUACAGUGUUAAAAGGAAACACUAAGUUAUACAUGGUGACAAUGAUAAGAUGAGCUUACAACAACUGAUGCAAAUAUUGGAAAUUAUGUAGGUAUCAUUUAGCCAUCAGGAGCACAUGGCUUUGUAUAAACUAAGGGAAAACUUUUUAUCCACAAGUCUUUCUGAAAAGUAACAUUGCUAACUAUUUUGGUAUCAGCGAUCGAAUCUUCUCUGUCAUGAAGAAGUGUUAUUGAAUUAUUGCAUACCAAAAUAUGUACAAUGGAAAAUAAAUUAUGGUCAAAUUUUUCUUGGUUCUAGCAAAAGAAUGCUCAGUUUUGUAAUGUAUCGAUAUCUCUGUUUUUAACAUAAUUUUAUAACGAUUAAGAUAUUUUCUGAGUUCUUAGAGGGUUUACUAGACUAUUACUGCGUACAAUGAUUAAAUAGAUGGUCAGUUUAUAUAACCGUUUGUGAACAUUUUUGGAAGAACUGAGUAUAUUUCCAAAAGCUAUUCAAUAAAGCUAAGAAUU